GCCACUGCCACAUCUUUUACUUGCGUGCUGACAAUUUCUUGUUGACUGGUUUGGUGUGUCGUGGAUUUACAUUGCCAAGCUCUUCUCUUUCUUGUUAAGCAACCAAAUCUUUAGAUCUGAUCUCAGUUUCGGAACCCGAUUCGACGGUGACCGUGACGAUGAAGAUGAUGGGGUCGUGUUCACGUUCCUCCUUCUUCCUCAUCCUCUUCCUCUUACACUCUCUGUUCCUCACUUCUCUCUCCGAGAUCCGUUUCUCCGAGAUCCGAAACGACGACCGUCCAAUCGUUCCCUUCGAUCAAUUCGGUUUCACACACAGCGGUCGCCUCGAACUCAACGUCUCCAAAAUCUCUCUCUCGAACUCGAACCUCGACCUCUCCAAGGUUGGUUUCUUCCUCUGCACACUCGAUUCAUGGCUUCACGUUCUCCAGCAACUCGAAGAUGGCGAGAUUCGUUGCGCGCUUCAAUCAGAUCUCGUCAAGUCCGUUUACACCUUCAGUUCCCUCGAAGGCAAGGACUCGUUCUCCACGCUUUACAGCGAAACCGACGCCGAUCAGUACAACCUCGUUUUCGCUAACUGUCACCCGCAGCAGCUGAAAGUCACCAUGGACGUUCAAUCGGCGAUGUACAACCUCGACGGAAAGAGCGGCGUCCGCGAUUACCUCUCCGCCGGCAGCACCGUCCUCCCUAGGGUUUAUUUCCUCUUCUCGUUGGUGUAUUUCGCGCUCGCCGCUGUUUGGAUCGCGUUUCUUUACAAAAAACGGUUAACCGCUUUUCGCAUCCAUUACUUCAUGCUGGCGGUUAUUUUCUUGAAGGCUUUGAAUCUGUUAUGUGAGGCUGAGGACAAAUCGUUCAUAAAGCGCACGGGGAGUGCACAUGGUUGGGAUGUUCUGUUUUACAUUUUCAGCUUCCUCAAGGGGAUUUCGCUGUUCACCUUGAUUGUUUUAAUUGGCACUGGUUGGUCCUUCCUUAAGCCUUUCCUUCAGGAUAAGGAAAAGAAGGUUCUCAUGAUUGUGAUUCCUCUUCAAGUUAUUGCAAACAUUGCUCAGGUCGUUAUUGAUGAGAGUGGACCCUAUGGACAUGACUGGGUUACGUGGAAACAAGUGUUUCUUCUUGUUGAUGUUGUUUGUUGCUGUGCUGUGCUCUUCCCUAUUGUUUGGUCCAUCAAGAACCUCCGCGAGGCCGCGAGGACUGACGGCAAGGCUGCUGUUAAUUUGAUGAAGUUGACCCUCUUCAGGCAUUACUAUGUUGUUGUUAUCUGUUACAUUUACUUCACGAGGGUUGUGGUUUAUGCAUUGGAGACUAUCACCUCUUAUCGGUAUUCUUGGACAAGUGUGGUUGCUGCGGAGUUAGCUACGCUUGCUUUCUAUGUGUUUACCGGUUAUAAGUUCAAGCCGGAGGCUCACAAUCCGUAUUUCGUCAUUGAUGAUGAAGAGGAAGAGGCUGCCGUGGAGGCUUUGAAGAUUGAAGAUGAGUUUGAAUUGUAAUUUCACUGGAAAUACAAAAUAAGGUUUUGCCAAGAUAGAUAUGGUUGAUGAAGUUGGUAUGGUGGUGCUACUGCUAUGCGAUGUUCAGGUUUCAUCUCAACAACAACUAGAAAAUUUCAUGUUACAUUUUAUGGGUAUAGUCAGUAUUCAUUAAUCAUUGUGCUAUAUUUUCUGUGCUCUGGAUUUAUGACCAGGUCUUUAAUUAGUGUUAUAAUAUCCUAGAACCUUUGUAAUGCUGUGAAUCAUAUAUUACUUCUAAGUAUUGACACCAAUACCUUGCAAAUAUUUUUUUUUGUCA